AUGGCGUCUCGACAUAACGAUACUUAUGACUACAUCAUCUGCGGAGGCGGUACAUCAGGAUGUGUGGUCGCCGGCCGUCUAGCAGAGAAUCCCGAGAUCAGGAUUCUGCUGAUUGAAGCUGGACAGCAUAGCAAGGACUUGGAAAAUGUCCAAAUGACGGGUGGCUGGUCGAACAACUUUGAUGCUGAAACAGACUGGAAUAUUAUCACCCCCCCCAAUGCCGGGGACGGAUGGAGUGGAGAGGAGUUCUUCAAAUACAUGAGAAAAGUCGCCGAGACCUUCCAUACGAAGCCCUGGUUCAACGUCGUUCCCGAAGCACAUGGCUACGAUGGGCCCCUCCAUAUCGAGCCCCAUGACCUUGCUCCUAUCGCCGAGAAGUUGCUUGAUUCCUUCGAAUCAAAAGGCCUUCCGUUGAACCAUGAUAUGUUCAGCACAGGCGAUGUGCCCCACGGCUGCGGCCAUGCUCCUCGUACAGUUUACAAGGGUAUCCGGACAACAGGUGCCGAUUUCGUGAGCGCAAAAAAUGAGCGUCGGAACAUCACGAUCGCAACACAUUUCACCGUUGAUAGGGUUGUCCUAACCCAAAAGGGCGAUACACUGCGGGCUACGGGCGUUGUCACCAAGGCAGCCGAUGGAUCAUCGAAGACUUUCUAUGCCCGGAAUGAGAUCAUUAUCUCUGCAGGGGCCUACUGUAGCCCCGCCAUUCUCCUGCGCUCUGGCAUUGGGCCCAAAGCAGAGCUUGAUAAACAUCAGAUUGCAUGCAGGGUUGAUUCACCUGGCGUGGGGAGCAAUCUGAUGGAUCAUCUGAUUGUGUUCAUGUUCUACGAAACCGAGAAGGGCCUGACCACAGACCAUCACGUCUACCACGACAAUAACUUCGAAACAACCUACACGCUCUGGAAAGAAAAGAAGACCGGAUUUUUGUCCACCUUCCCCUUUGGCUCAUUCGCAUAUGCUCGGCUGGACGAACGCCUAAAGGACGAACCACUCUGGAAGAACGCUCCUCGCCUCCCCGGCCGCGAUCCCAUGGGCCUGACUCCCAAGCAGCCGAAUGUUGAGUUCUUCAGCACAGAAUGCUACGGUGGACCCAAGCAGUACGACCAGUUCCCCAUCAACCACCAAUACGCGUUCUCCAUGAUCGCGGAGCUGUUCGCCCCCAAAUCUCGCGGCUCCGUUACCCUGAAUUCGGCGGACCCUCUGGAGAACCCUAUCGUGGAUUGCAAUUUCCUGGCCGAUCCGAUGGAUGUGCUGGUUCUGAGCGAAGCGUGCCGGUUCGGAAAUGAAAUCGUCAUGGAGGGUGCUGGCACCAAAGACAUUGUGAAAGGAUCUUGGCCUCCUAACUUGGAUCACCAUAAUUAUAAGACGAGGGAGGAGUGGGUGCCAUACAUCAAAGAACAUGCUACGACCUGUUACCAUGCUGCCGGUACUUGUGCCAUGGGUCGGGGCGAUAAUCCGCGGGCUGUUCUGGAUGAAAAAUUACGAGUAAGAGGGGUUGUCGGUCUGCGUGUUGCAGACUGCAGUGUCAUGCCGAUUCUGCAUGGGGGGCCAUACCCAGAUGCCGGCGUAUGGUAUUGGCGAGAAAUGUGCAGACUUGAUUAA